AUGCGGGAAAGGAGAAGGGUCGGUACCUUGGCGCAGAAGCAAAAAAAUGGCGUUGGAUUGGAGCAGCACCACGCCAUUUUUGCUUUUUGCGGCAUAGAAAUAGUUUCCAAGUCUACAGGCAUGUAUCUAUCUCAAAGAAAAUACAUUCAGGAUUUGCUAAACAAAAAUGGUAUGUCUCAAUGCAAAUCUGUUACUAGUCCUUUACUGUCAAAACUGCCUAUUAUCUCUGAAAAAUCCAAACUUUUCGAAAAACCCACUGAUUACAAACAAUUGGUCGGUUCUUUACAGUAUAUUACUAUUACUCGAUCGGAUAUUAUGUUUGCAGUUAAUUACUUAUGUCAGAAAAUGCACAAGCCAUAUCAGGUUCAUCACCAGCUUCUCAAACGAGUAUUUCGGUAUCUCAAAGGCACGGCAGAAUUUUCACUGCCCAUUCGUCCAUCUACAUUUAACCUGCAAGCAUUCGCCAACUCCGAUUGGGCUGCCAAUCCCAAUGAUCGACGUUCCAUCUCUGGAUUUUGUGAAUUUUUGGGCGAUAAUCUCCUUUCUUGGUCCGUUAAGAAGCAACCUAUGGUUGCUCGCUCCUCGACGGAAGCCGAGUAUCGAGCUCUUGCAUCUACAGCAAGUGACAUCAUGUGGCUACGAAGACUGCUCUCAGAUUUUCAAAUUCCAUGGAAGACGGCAACACCUCUAUAUUGUGACAAUGUUUCAGCUUUGGAUCUUGCAAAUAACCCAGUCUUUCAUACCCGAACAAAGCACAUUGAGGUGGACUACCAUUUUAUUCGGGACUGCAUCAAGAAUGGGCAUAUCACUGUCCAUCACAUUGCGUCUAUUCUAGACUGUGUUGGUAUAACUGUCACCUACGAAUGGUCUGUGCCUGACUGCGAGAUUGAUGUGGGGGCCUCCAUUCCUGAGUCAAUUUUGUUGUUUAUCCUGCUAUGUUUGGUUUUGCUAGAUUUUGCUGUUGUAUACCCUGGUUUUUGA